GAAGUCGCUUCCGCGUUCUGGCCGGCGGAUGCCUGGGAGCGGCGCUGGUGGCGGUGCGGAGGCUGCGAAUCCGAGAAGGCCCGCUUGCUCAGGAGAUGAUGGCCAUUGAGCAGAUAGGAAGAAAGGAUUGGUACAGCGUCCUGGGGGCAGACCCGUCUGCAGAUGUGUCCGAACUGAAGCAAAAGUAUCAGAAACUCAUCUUAAUGCAUCAUCCCGACAAGCAGCGCGCAGAGGGCCCCGCAGGAGCCGCGGAGCGGAGCGCGCAGAGGUUCCUGGAGGUCGGCCGGGCGUGGAAAGUCCUGGGCAACGCCGAGGCCAGGCGCGAGUACGACCUGCGGCGCCGCGAAGAUGACCUAAGAAAUACGGGACCAGUAGAUGCCCAAGUAUAUCUUGAAGAAAUGUCUUGGAAUGAAGAUGAUCAUUCUUUCCACCUGAGGUGCCGAUGCAGUGGAAAUUACAGCGUCUCCAAGGCUGAAGCAGAAGAAGUUCACCUGAUUCCCUGUGAUUCGUGUUCACUGAUCAUAGAACUCCUUCAUCAGAACUGAAGUUGUUCACUGCUUGGAACCGUUUACUGUGUUCUCAAACCAGAUGAGAGGCCAUUGAGCUUGUCCAUUCAAGAAAAUACGUUUUUAGCCCCAUUAUUUGCAAAGAAAAGAUGCAGUUGCCAAGCAAAAACUGCCUCAGAUGAGUCAAAAGUAAAUACAGUUGUUUGAGUUUUAAAUUUAAAUUUAUAGGUUGCCACAAAAAGGACUUGAAUUAUAAAUUAUAUUUAGUGAGAAGUUCCCACCUGAUAACUUUGUAUUCUUUCAUUUUCUCCUUGAUACAGAAUUAAAAUGUUACUUUUCUUAAUAUGAA